GAAAUGCGUUUUAUGACUUUUACAGAGUGGCAUACGAUUUUAUUAGUUCUAGAAAUGAGAAACAUUUGCUGUAAUGACCCACAGAUUGGAAAACAUGGGAAUUGAGAUCAAAGAAAGAUGGGAAAUAUCAAUAUUGCCUCCUCAUGACGAGAAGAAUUGCAGAUUGUGAAAAUGUUCGUACUUUAGAAUAGAGGCCACAAAUAAUUGCAAAUCCUAAAGAUGAAAGAAGGAACAAAACAAAACGACUCAGAGGUUUUGAAGUCGGCCAUCAACGAAGCCUACGGGAUGGAUUUCGUUAAUGCCAAGGCGGUCCUUAAAACCAAAUUCAAACGCAAGACCAAGGACGGACUGACGCUGGCGGAUCGGAUCCGGAUGAACCGCUAUGGUAGCGGGUCUGUAGAUGGAGCAAAUGGUGAGAGGAACGAUAGUGCGUUUGCAAGUGUGGAUAUAGCCGACUUCGCUAGUCUGGAGGAAAACGAUAAACGUUCACCGACCCCGGAACCUACCAUAUCACGAGAAGCUGCCCAAAAUCACCGACAAUCCCCACCUAAAAAACAAUCACCAUCUCAUCCCGACAUGGAAGACUCGCCAAGUACUAGAAAGAGAAUAACGAAACAAGGAUCCGUUCAUUCACUCUCAGCAACACCACCUCUUCCGCCGAUAAAAUCUAAUUAUCAGAGGGCGGAUUCAAGAAACCGUCACGAAUCACCGUUACGGGAAAGUCAUGGAAAACAACGUGAUCCCCUGCCCCCCAUCCAGCGGUCACGUGAUCCUCAUUAUGAGAACGACGAAGAAGGGGAUGACGAUCCCUCUCGUCGUCUGGUCCAUCCUCCGAGAGAUUCGCGCCAUUUUGACCCCGAUAUAGGCGUAGGAGUUCCUGUUGUUGGAAUGGAGAGACCAAGAGAAAGAUCUCGUAGUACUUCACCAAGAAGAAACAAUCGAGACAGGUCGCCCACUCCAAGACAUAGGCGACAGAGAUCAAGAUCCAGGUCGCCAAAGCGUGAAUCUGUAGCAGUUGUUGUGCACGCUAAUCGAGAUGACAGACGACGAAGUCGAUCAGAUUCAAGAAGAAAAAGAAGUCGAUCGGGUUCUAGAAAAAGACAAAAAAGUCGGUCAAGUUCUGGGAAACGAAGACGAAGUCGUUCGGAUUCCAGACAAAGACGAAAAAGUCGAUCCGACUCCAGAAAAAGACAUAUUGUAGUGGUUAAUCAUGUUCAUCCCGACAAACAUCGAAGUAGAUCGGAUUCAAGGAAGAGACAGCGAAGUCAUUCAGAUUCCCGUAAACGGAAAACUCCAGAAAUGCGCAGAGGCCGCUCUGAAUCCCGUGGAAAAAGAAGUCGAUCAGAUUCUAGAAGGCGGCACAAAUCCCGUUCACGAUCCAAGGACAGAACAAUUGUCGUGAAUGUUUCACCAUCUCGCAGAUCACGAUCGAAAUCACGAAAAAGAAAAUCUCGGUCUCGAUCACGAAAUCGUAAAGAUAGAAAUUCUCAUUCCCGUUCUAAGUCACCAAAGCGAAAGCAUUCAAGAUCGCCGUCAAGGUCUCGUAAAAGAUCCCACUCUCGUCGAUCUAGAUCAUCUUCGCCUGAAUUAAAUGUCAACAUAAAUCGUAGUGGAAACAGAGGUCGAUCUAGAAGUAGAAAGAAAGACAGAUCUAAGUCUAGAACUCCAUCGAGGAAAAGAAAGGAUUCUAAACAUAGAAAAGAAUCGUCUGAAUCGCGAUCACGAUCGAGAAGUCCAAAGAAAAAAGAAAAACCAACAGAAAAAUCUAAACGAAACAAAAAAAGUCCUAGCCCCGAACCAUCUGAUGAGGAUGAAAACUCUCCUCCGUCAAGUCCCAAACGAAAGGACAAGAAAGUACCUAAAAGGAAAUCGAAGUCAAAGAAAGCGAAGCCCCCUCCGGAACCUUCUGAUGAAGAAGAUAGUGAUGAACGUGCAGAAACUCCGGAGUCUCCACCAGCAAAACAGAAAAACAAAAAGAAGAAACCUGAAAAACCCAAAGAGAUUAAAUGGGAUGAUACUGAGGAGUCGGAAAAAGAAAAUGAGAAAAAGAAGGCAAUUAAAGUUCCUAAAGCGGCGGUGCCAACGAAAAGUAAAUCACCUGCACAGAAGGCAGAAAGUUCAUCAAAUGUAGCCGUUAAGGCCGGAAACAAGCCCAGGCCAGCAGUGUCUGAAAAUAGCGACGACAGUGAUGAUGUUCCGGAUGUUCUCUCCAGUCCUGUGGAAACUAGGGCAGCACCUCCGCCUAUCACGACGGCUGCUCCUCGGAAAAGAGAGCCCAAACCGGAAACACCAGCGCCACAUUUUGACGACCAACCACCAAGGGCCCCGUCCGAAGAGGAUCGGGAAAUACUAAGUGCUAUAGAACAGCUAGAUAAGCUCUCAGACUUUGACCUGAAAAAUUUGUCGGGAAAGGGCGAUAACUCACCAGCACCUCCAGUGGACAAAAGUAUGAUGAAGAAGAUUAUGGGUAAUGAAUUUCAGGAAAAUCUGGAUAAAUUUUUGUCAAGUUAACUGGUAAUAAAGGUGCGAUUAGAAUCAUAUGAUGAAGUAUGAGAUUUUAUCAUAUCAAAACGGGUUUGAAGUAUUAAUGUACACAAGAAGGACCCGUCUUCUGGUUUGACUUGACAUAGUUAAUUUGACAUAUUAAUGUAGAGGUUGUGACCUUGUCUGGAAUGAUCCCUAAAGGCUAUCAAUUGUGAUCACGAUAAAUCAAGGAAGAACCUCGAAUUAUCCAUAGACGAUAGCUACAUUACUAUGUUUUUCAUAUGACAUGUGCAAUAAUUCUCCCAUCCAUUCUCUCUAUCCCUCUCCACGGGAUCGCAAGGAAAUCUUGCACACCGUACCUUAAUCUAACUACCAGCUGAGGAUACCGGUAGACAUUUUACAUCGCAUUAAACUCCAUAGGGCUGUUUAAGGUUCCGUUCAAAUCAAACUGGCAUGAUUCUUCUUGACCAAUUUUCAAAAUAUAUAAUGAUAUAUUAACCCAAUCAAAUAGGAUGUCGUUACCUUUAAUGCAGGAAAAGUUCCCCAGAAAUAGAGAGCAGGGGUGAUAUGUUUCCCUAUCUCUCUACCUAAUAUGUAUUUGUACAUUAUUGUUUACACAUGAUGAUCAUGAUAAGUAUUGUUUAGACUAAACUAAGAAAUAUAGAUUUUUCCUGGAUGCUUCGAGAGAGAAAUCUUAUUUGAAAGAUUUUCAGUGAAGCAACAAAUUCAUUAACUGAAGGAUAAAUUUGCAUUGUAUAUCGAAAGUGGCUAAUACAGUCAAACCUCGUUAUCUCCAACUCGAUGGGGCCAAGAACAAACAUCAGAGGGUUCGAGAUCUGGAAUUAAAAUUCAUAAAGAAAAUGUAGAUGGGACUUCCAACUUACUUCGACAUGUCCAUGGUAUUCGAGAUAUCGAUAUUCGAGAUAUCAAAUUUCAACUGUGUUUUCAGUUUUUUCACAUUUUUGCCUCUAUAAACAUUUAUGUUCGGUUUGAAGCAUUCUAAAAAUGUAUUUCCUGGAACAUGUAGCAUUAUUUCACUGUAACAUUGAUUUACUGUUUACAAAAUGGAGACGAACAUUUUCAUGUAUUAUAUUUUAACUGACACGCUACAGAGUGUUAGAAACUGAGCUAAAGCAUAGAGAGAGAAAUCAAGCCAAAUUGACUUAGACGAACCUUAAAAGCAUCGUAAAGCAUCCUUGCCAUGAUAUUUUAAUUGUUAUGGAUCCCGGACAAUUUCAGUGGCCAAACUCCCCGUUCUAAAAAUCCCGGGGGGGGGGGGGGGUAAUAGACUUCCGAUGCUGAGUAUGACGCGUUCCGAGCUUACGUUCAAAGCGCGUCCUGCAAUGAGGCAUGGAUGGGAACAAAGAAAUAACUAUAUAGGGCACUCUUGUGUAUACCCUGAUGGGGAUUUUUUUCAUUUUCCGUAGAGAAUACGGACACCAUUUUCAAAAUCAGCAACCCUGAUCUAAAUUAAACACCCUAUAUUUCAUUUGUAUGCCUUGUAUCUUUUAUCAUAUCAGCUAUAAAUUAUUCAUAUCUAUUAAUGUUUUGUCCGUAGAAAACCUAAGAUACUGUUUAAAGUAUUUCAUUUUUGAUAAGUGAUAAAAUUUCAACUUUGCAUAACAGCAUAUAUAUAUAUAUAUAUAUAUAUAUAUAGGUAUUACAUUGUUUGCAUUGUGGGGGUAUAAAAACAAAAACAAAAAACAGUUGUGGGGGUAUAAGAACAAAAAAAACAAUAGAAGUUCAUGUAUACGUUAAUUUUUGCUUUGCUGAUUAUGCAAAUUACCUCAUCGUGAUAUUCUUUUAUUACCUCCAACCAUAUAAAUGAUUUUGACAUUUAUUCCUCCAAUAAUGUAUUUUAAUGUAUUUAUAGACAAUUGUUGUAUUUUGCGCGAGUGCAUUAUUUAUAUAUAGAAAUUCUACGCAUGCAAAUGGCCAAGUAAGCCCUCUGUGAUAUUUUACGCGAAGUAGCGUAUAUAUGGCAAUUUUAGCAUUAGGAAUAUUUGGCAAUUCUAUUUCGAAAAAGCUAAUGUGAAAUGUGAUCAAUUUAUAUUUAUGCAAUUUCGAAACCUAUUUCAUGCAAAUAUGAUUCAUAUCAAUAAAUUCUCGUCAUCAACAAAGCAAAAAAGCAAAUAUUUCCAUCGCGCAAAAAUUACCCUAUAUGCGGGUAUACAAUAUGUACAUUUAAACUGCUGUAUGUCGCUAUGUAACAGUAGCAACAUCAUGUUUUAACCAUGCAAAAGGAUUUAAAGUCCUCAUUGUUCACGUUUUGAGAAUUUUAGAUGCUCUUCUACCAAAGGCGAUAUUGAGAAAAUAUUUCAAUUCUGUACCAAUAUUAUCAUUCCAUGAUUUGAGAUUGUUACGUAAAGGGAAAUCUGAUUACAUGGAAGUUUAGAUACCAAAAAAAAAAAAAAAAAAAGUUAUACUAAUUGUCAAACUAGAUACAUGUAUUCUUUUUUCCCCUUCCAAUUCUGUACAUGGGUAUGAUUUGGAAGGAAUGUGGUGACAUUUUUCUGCCACCUACUAGUCAGAUAUAUUCAUGUCGACCUGUUGACUACCUGGACCUCAGUAUCUUGCAAAAAAAAAACAUGUGGUUGAAAAUUCCAUCCACAUGUCAACAUCAUUUUCUGACAAGUUGCAAAAAAGAUCAACAAAAUUAUCUCACAAGUCAAUUUGAAUUUCUGACGAAUCAACAUAUCAACGACUGAUAUUUGACAAGUGGUUGGCUGAAAUAUGCCACUAUAUCAGGGAUGAGGUAUAUUAUGUCGCAAUGGAGUCGGACGAAGUACAGAUCCUGUUUGUUAUUGGAUUGUAAGUACGCGGCAAAGUAUUAGUAGUGAGUGCCGCGUGGCGAGGAAAUGCUUUGAUUGGUGGAUCCUUUGUUACUAUUUAUUGUGAUAAUUAUCGUUAUGUUGACUAUGAAACAUGCUUUAUUGAUCAUGCUGUAAUGUUGUUGUUGUGUACUUGUUUACGUUACAAUAAAUUGUGCACGUAGCAUU